UUACUAAACGAAGCGAUUAGGCAAUUAAAUACUGUCUCAUCAAUCAGUGCACAAAAUCCAAUAACUUGGGUCGUGAAAGGAUUCAUUUACCUUGGUCGGAAUGAUCCAGAUGCUGCUUAUAAUGCAUUUAAAAACGCAUAUGGCCUUGCAAAUCAUAACAUUCCUGCAUUGUUUGGCAUGGCUCGCAUUAAAUAUCUUCGCCAAGAAUAUAAGGAAGCUCUUAAACUUUACCAGGAAAUUUUGCGAUUGAAACCUGACCUUACUGAACCUGAUCCACGUGUUGGUAUUGGCCUCUGUUUUAAUAAGUUGCAAAAUUUUGAUGAAGCUAUUGCAGCAUUUGAUAGAGCUCUUGAAUUAAACCCAAAUAAUAUAUCUGCAAAUAUCCUUCUUGCUACCCUUGAGCUUGAUAUCUCUAAACAAUUUGAAGAAGUUAAUGAAAUUGAUCGAUUAACUAAUUUUGUUACCGCAAUGGAUCGUGCUAAUAAAGCUCUUGAGCUAAAUCCUAAUCAUUCCAGUGCUUUGAUUUUAUUGGCUCAUGGUUUUUUCUUUCAGAGAGAUUUCGAAAAUCUCAUCGAAGCUGCGAGACGCGCCGAAGAAAAUACAGAUUCAAAACCUAUACUAGCCGAAGCACAUUUUAAUCAAGCUAGAGCCUAUCAUGUUAUGGAGGAUCAUAUGAAAGCACUUUAUCAUUACACACAAGCCAUUAAUUACAAUGAAAAUCAUUUGCUCGCAAUUUAUGGUUAUGGUCAAAUGUUAAUAAAAUUUGAACGCUAUGAGGAUGCAAAAAUCAUAUUUGAGACAUUGAGGCGUCAAAAUCCAAAUUUUCUUGAUGUUGUAACGAUAUUGGCGAUUUUAGCUGCCAAUACUGCCCUCGAUGAAACUGAUUCAACGAAAAGAGAUAAUGCUUUUGAAGAGUUUAAUACAAUAACUAAAGCUAUUUCCGAUAAAACAUAUGAUAAUCCUGAAAUAUUUAUAGUCAAGGCACAUGCGAUUGAAGGGAAAAAUGCUUAUAAAAGUCUUCAAGCAUUAAAACUGGCUGAAGCUAUGUAUUUAAAAGCCAAAGAUCCGAUUCCACUUGAACUGUUUAACAAAAAAGGAAACAUGUUUUUUAAGCUUGGCCAGUAUGCGGAAGCAUCUGAAUGUUAUAGAGAGGCCUUGAAAAAAUGCGAGAACCUUAAUUCUCCGCAAUCGGACGUUAGAAUAACCCUCUUUUAUAAUUUAGCUCGCUCUUAUGAAGCCUCACAUAAUUUUAAAGAAGCUCAGGAUUUAUAUAAUCAAAUUCUUAAUGAACAUCCAGCAUUCAUUCCAGCGUAUUUACGCUUGGCAGCAAUUGAAGAAAUCCAUGGUAACAAUGCAAAGGCUAAUGAUAUUUAUACUGAGAUCUUGGAAUUUGGCGAUAACGUUGAAGUUCGCAAAAGAUUGGCUGUAAAUCAAUUAAGACAGGGUGAAUUUCGUAUAUCUCGCAGGAGUCUUGAUGCGAUUCAUUCAGAAAAUAAAAAUGAUAUAGUAGCCUCAACUGCGUUAGGCAGUUUACAUCUUUUCAAAGCAAGAUCAUUUAGACAAGAAAAGGAAUCUCGCGAACUAUCAUAUAAAAAAGCUGUUGAAUAUUUUCAGAAAGCCCUGCAAAAAAAUCCAAAAAAUGUAUGGGCAGCUAAUGGAAUAACUGUUGCUAUUGCGGAGUCUGGUAGAUUUAAAGAAGCAAAAGAUCUAUUCUGGAAACUAAAAGAACAUAAUCCUAUACCGGAAAUUAUUAUUAAUUACGCUCAUGUUUGCAGUCAAAUGAACGAGCAUAAUGCAGCUAUUCUUGCGUAUGAAGGAGUUUCCAAAAAAUCCCAAAAUAAGGACGUUUCGGUUUUGGAAUGGAUUGGUCGUUCUUGUUAUCUUUUGGCUAAAGAAACAAAAAAUUUAGCAAAAAUGGAUGAAGCAUUAAUUUGGACUGAAAAAGCUCUAAGACUUGCACCUACAAACAAACUCAUUGUACAUAAUGUUGCACUUAUACAACAAAGCCGAGCACAAUUAAUUGGUGAACCAGGAGAGAUGCGAUCUUCAGCGCAGUUAAUGAGCGCAAUUGCAGACGUUGAAUGUGCUCACCAUACUUUUGAGCAUUUAGUUAAUGAUGGGUCGCCACAUGUAAAUUUUGAUAAGGAGGUUUUAAAUCAGCGUAUUAAUUUUGGACAUUCUACUAUGGAAGAGGAACGAAAAAGAAGAGAAGAAAUUGAGAGAGCAAUAGAGAAUCAGAGGAGAAUUGAUCAACAAUUACGUGAAUACACUGAAAAACAAAGUGAAGUUUGGGGUGAGGAAAAUAAAAAACGAAAAAGCAGAAAAUAUGUGGAAUCUGAUGAUGAGGAUGCUGAACCCUUUCAAAAGUCUGAUCACGUUCGAAAUCAAAAGCCUAAUCAAAAACUUAACGAAUCGUAA